GGCGUUAUUAGUUAUUUAGCAUUCCAAGAUGACGGAUCCGACGACGUCUCCAGAGGACCACUGGAAAACAGAUGGGGCUUUCAGUGACGGCGGCUUUGACACCAGUUUCUUUGCUGAAACUGCCAGGAAGGGCAGCGUUGUGUCCAGAGCCAACAGUAUUGGCUCCACAAGUGCCUCUUCAGUGCCAAAUACAGACGAUGAAGACAGUGACUACAGGCAUGAGACGUCGUAUAAGGACUCGUAUAAAGAUCGGCGGAGACAAGCGCACACACAAGCUGAGCAGAAGCGCAGGGACGCGAUCAAGAAAGGCUAUGAUGACUUGCAGUCCAUCGUGCCCACCUGCCAGCAGCAGUCUGAGUUUGCAGUUGGAGCUCAGAAGAUCAGCAAGGCCACUAUUCUGCAGAAAACAAUUGACUACAUUCAUUUUCUUCAUAAAGAGAAGAAGAAGCAAGAGGAGGAAGUUUCCAUCUUAAGAAAAGAAGUCAUGGCACUAAAGAUCAUGAAAACGAACUACGAGCACAUAGUGAAGGCCCACCAGAACAACCCUCAGCAGGGAGAGGACCAGGUUUCCGACCAGGUCAAGUUCAGCAUCUUCCAGAGCAUCAUGGACUCCCUGUUCGUGUCGUUCAGUAACUCCGUUUCAAUGAGCAGCUUCCAGGAACUGUCUGCGUGUGUUUUUAGCUGGAUCGAGGAGCACUGCAAGCCACAGACGCUGCGAGAGUUUGUUGUUGGAGUGCUCCGACAGCUCAACGGGCAGCUUUAUUGAUGGAGGGAAACGCCUCAAGUGAAUUUCCAGAAAUAGACUUUUGCCUUGCCGCUCAGGAUGGAGUGAACAAGAAGCUUCAGGCCUGGCCACAGUAUUUACACUCACUCCAGCUCCAACUGACACCACCCUGCCUGCAGGUGGAUUACCUCAUCACACUUUUUGGACAGAGAUUAAAAAAAGGUUUUGAUUAGAGUAAAUACUUCAGAGGAAUCCUCUUCCUUCUGACCUUUUAUUAGGAGCUACAUUUACAGAAACCUGAAUGUGUUUUGCUCCUGACUCUUCAUUAACGCUUAGAAAUGUAGCAGAUAUGUUCAGUUAAGCAUGCAGACGGAACGAUGUAGCGUUCAGCUACUUCUGAUUUACUUGAUGCAGUAAUUUUACUUUGAUUUACUUGAUGCAGUAACUUGUGUUACCAAUCUUUCUCGUCACAUGAAGUGUGAAAGCUUAACAUAAGCUUGUCAACUUUGAUGC